UCUCGCAUUUGAGCAGAAGCAAGUCCAUGCUGAGCCAGCUUGGGAGCCGGACCUGCCUCCCUGGGAGCUUGGAGACCAUCACGUCGGGCUCUGAGCUCUCCCUCAAGAUGUGGGCACCCAUCACCUUCCUUUGGCUUUCUUCCUUGUCCUUGUCCAUAUCAGAGAACCACCCACCCUCCUUGAAAGAGAGCGGGGCCAGGGUGUUGCAGAUACAGAAAGUCCAGAGCAAAGAGCAGUGUAGCCAAGUGUGUGGAGCUCUGGCAGGUCAACAUUUCUGCAGUUUGUCCACAGAGGAACCAAGACAUUGUAUUGUUCUAGACUGUCCACUGGUCAACGUGUGCCAAGAAGCCAAACCUCAGGAUGUUCAAGAACUGGUCACAGGCCAUACAUUAGAGAAACGGAACAGCCUCUCCGGCACAGACACUUUGUUCCUUGGUGCUGAGCUGGGGAUCUCUCCAGCUCCUCCCUAUAACAAGACCAUCAGGCAGACCACAGAGUUAGCCCGGACAGCACGUCCUGUCACGGUGACCAGUAGCAACUAUACAGAACUUGGAACCGAGACGCUAAACAGUACUGAGGUAGGCAUUUCCACAGCCCCAAAUAACUCAAUGACUACAACAGGCAGGCCUUCAGCACUCGCCACGUCCCAGGCCCAGAGAACCACCGAAAAGACAUCCACGGCGGUGACGACAGCGUUAGCCCCAAGUGCUUCCCUUCCAGUGACACAUGACCAAAUAAAUAGCCACACCGGCUCGCAGAGCACCCCAGCAGGAAUCACCAGUGCCUCUGCCACCAGCCCCACCAGCCAGGCUCGGCCCACACAUUCUGGAAUUGGUCCAACAUCCAGCUCACUGACCCCAACAGAAGGCGGGCCUGUGGAUGGGCCAUCAACUCCAGAAAUCCCGACAACCACCCCAUCCCCAAUUCCCUUGAGCUCCACAACAUCAGCAGAAGCAUUCACGAGCACCCCCAUCAUCUCCACCAGCACAAGGGCGGAGCACCUCACCACACCAGAAUCAGCGCCACUCACUGCUCAGGCGACAGACCCCAGAGUGACGCCAACAGCCGUGCCAACCACAGUUGCCCAGGCCGCAGAGACUUCAGGUGCUUCACAGACUACAGAAAGAGCUUCUCCCCAAACCACCUUAAGCUCAAUGUCCCCUAAAGUCACAGCUGAGAGCUCAGUGUUCACAAUGCCCAAAGCAUCUGUACAGACGGUCACAGAAAGCCAGUACGUGUGGGUCGCUACUUCACCCUUCACCCAGUACUUGGUCAAUAAAAACUUACUGUUGGCCAUGCUCUUGGCUGGCACCAUAUUCUUCAUCGCUGUCUUGGUUUUGUUGGCCAUGCAAGCAUACGAGAGCUACAAGAAGAAGGACUACACCCAAGUGGACUAUUUGAUAAACGGGAUGUAUGCAGACUCAGAAAUGUGAUGGCGGGGGGCACAUGCGCGUUCUCAUGAUUCACGUCUGUGUAACCGUUUCCUCUUUUUCAGUUUGCCUAUGAGACCAAACUAAGUGCUUCCAAAUUAAUUUGGUGCAAUUUAGGAGAAAUGCCAGCUACUUAAAAGGAUUUAAUUUAUAUCUAAUUCCAUUAUUAUUAAAGAAUUGCUGCUUCCUUUAUUGUUAUUUUUAAAAUCAUGUUGACUAAGGGCCGGGCCAGGCCAGCAAUCAAUGUACUAGAUCGGGUGGUGCUGCCAGAACCCUAUUGGUUGCCUCCUCUUGUUCUGUCAUUUUUAAUGUUAUAGUCAGAAUGCCAGCAACCAAGUUUGUGGGGUUUCUGAUGGACUUUUUUUCUGAGCUUAAUUAUAUUUGUGUAAUACAGUGUGCUGCCAAGCUUCAUUGAAGUCAGAUCCUUUUGGAGAUGUAUAAUGCGUAAUAUGGUUUAUUUUUGUAAACACUCAUUUAAUAAAACAUGAGGUCCUGAAGAGGCUA